AUGUUGAACCGGUUCACGCUUAGCUAUCUAUUUCUACUGCACAUGGACGAGAUUCUACCGGUAGCCGUUGAAGGCAAGAACAUCAUCAAUCAACCGAGAUGCUCAACGGUUUGCGUCAAUGAACCGGACUGCGAAAUCCUAGCCCAUACCGAAGAUGCCCUGAGCGAAGUCCUCAAUCACUACUACUUCGUUUCGGCUCACAUCGUAUCGGACUCUCCUCAGGGCAAGUACAAUGUGACAGAGGAGCGUUUCACUUCGCUUUGCUAUGCGGGCCAUCUUCCGGGGUAUACCAUGAACUACAACCACCAUGGGUUGGUGUUCUCGAUCAAUACUCUCAGUGCUAGUAAGCUGUACAGCGGCAAGACUCCUCGUCACUUCAUCACACGUGCUCUGCUUUCAGCGGAGAACUUUGCGCAAGCGCAACUAAUUCUUCGGGACAACGGAGUAGGCGCUGCCGAUGGUUGCUCCGUAAAUAUGACAUUCUUGAAACAAGAUGGAGACCGUUUGUUCCAUAAUGCUGAAAUGGGACCAGCGGAGCGGGACCAGUCGCAGCUUAACAUCCUAACGGCCAGUCCCGGAGAGCACAUUGUCCAUGCCAACAUGUACCUUCGGUUGCCGGUUCCGGAAGUAAACGGUUUGAUUAUCGACUCCAGUGUGGAACGCAUGAAGACGUUCAAAUCGUUCAACGCGCCGAAAACCCUGAACGACGUCAUCCGAAUGCUAGGUGACCAGAGCGCCAAGGAGCAUACCGUGUUCCGCGAGAAGGACGCCAAAGACAUCAUCAAGACGGUUUGCGUGGGUAUCUUCGACUGCCGGAAGCGAACCUGGUCGCUGUACUCGGACAACCCCAAGUUCAAUGCCCCGCUCGUUGUGAUGCCGCUGGUUAUCAAGGAUUAAGUGAUCCAAUGUUCUAGAAUGAGGGGGUUCGAUCCUGCAUUUAAUGCUUUCGGUGCAAUAUUUGGUUGUAACGCAGCGAGCUUUGCACGCGGCUUUGUUUGCUUAGGUUCAACCUUUUGUGGUUUAUUUUAUAUCAAUCGUUAUACUUGUAAUUAUAUUACGUUAAGCUUA